CGGUCUGCCUUCGAUUUUUUUUUUUCAAGAUCCAUACUGUCGAUCCGUUCUUAAGAGUAGUGAAUCCAAUGGCAAACCAAGGCUCAGGCCCACUACAGUUGAAGACUAGCUUCAAAUCCUUGCGAACGAUCGAGUCCAUUUACACCGGUGGUAAAGCUGUAUUGACUGCCGACGAACAAUGGCUCAUUACAUCCAUUGGUGAAGACAUUGAUGUUACUGAAUUCGACACCGGCAAAAAAAUCUACCGCUUGAAAGGAGACACUGAAGUUGUCACUACCUUUGCUAUCAAGCCGGACGGAAAGCACCUUGUGAGUGCCAGUAGAAGUAUGGUGAUGAGAACUUGGGAUCUUUCCACCGGUCAAGUCGCCAGAAGUUACAAAGCCCAUGACGCCCCUGUCAUUGUCAUGGAUAUUGAUCGAACCUCAACCCUUGUUGCAACAGGAUCGGCUGACAGUACCGUCAAGGUUUGGGAUAUCGACAAGGGCUAUUGUACGCAUAAUUUCAGAGGUCAUGGUGGUGUUGUCAGUGCGAUCAAGUUUCAUCCUAGCAAGGACCGCUGGACAUUAGUGUCUGGAGCUGAUGACUGUCAGAUCCGAGUCUGGGAUUUGAAAUCUAGCAAAUGCAUAGCCGUGCUCGAUUCUCACGUCAGUGUUAUCCGUGGCCUUGACUUCUCAGCAGACGGCCAUACUUUGAUCUCUGGUUCUCGUGACAAAGUAGUCAACAUCUGGGAUAUGAAAACGCACUCAUUGAAAAGCACUUAUCCUAUUUAUGAAACUAUCGAAACAGUUGGAACAAUCACACCUCAAGCAGAUCUAUCGUGUUAUGGCACUAAAUACCAAAAGGCGGAAUUAUUUUAUACAGCUGGCGACAAGGGCAUCAUCCGAUUGUGGAGUCUCACCACGGGAGAACUAGUCAAAGAGCAAACCCCAGAAACCAACAGUAAGCAUACCAUUACUGAUGUUAUUUACGCCAAAGCAACCCAGAGACUUGCUGCUGUCACCAAUGACCAAAACAUCUUGAUAUAUUCUGUUGCCGAAUCAUUACGACGAAUAAAGCAGAUCGUCGGUUACAACGAUGAAAUUGUUGAUGUUCGCUUCAUCGGUGAAGACGAUCAACAUCUCGCUGUUGCCACCAACAGUGAGCAAAUUCGAGUCUUCAACGUUGAAACUCAAGAUUGCGACAUUAUCUAUGGUCAUUCUGAUACCGUCAUUUGUCUGGAACGUUCAAAGGAUGGUAGUGUGCUUGUUUCUGGAUCCAAGGACAAAACUGCGAGAUUAUGGCGUAUUGACACCGAUGCCGAAGCAUACGAUCAAAGAUAUUUGUGUGCUGGUAUUUGUGUUGGUCAUACAGAGGCAAUUGGAGCCAUUGCCUUUGCCCAUAAGUCAAAGAAUUUCAUGAUCACCGGAUCGCAAGACCGAACGGUCAAGUACUGGAACUUGAAAGAUACCGACUUCGAAAAUCCUUCCGAGGAUAACAAGCCCCGUGCGUUGUAUACGCAUCAAGCUCAUGACAAGGAUAUAAACUCUAUCUGCGUCGCCCCCAAUGACAAAUUGUUCGCCACCGGAUCACAAGAUAAGACGGCCAAGAUUUGGAACGUCGAGUCGGGAGCUUUGGUGGGUACAUGCACUGGCCACAAGCGUGGUGUGUGGUGUGUUCAGUUCUCUCCUGUCGAUCAAGUUCUGGCUACUAGUUCAGGAGACAAAACCAUCCGGAUUUGGAGUUUGAAGGACAUGACCUGUCUCAAGACUUUUGAAGGCCAUACCAACUCCAUUCUCAAGGUUGCUUUCAUGACCGCAGGUAUGCAAUUGGUAUCCAGCGGCUCAGAUGGUCUUGUCAAAUUGUGGACUAUUAAGUCCAAUGAAUGUGUCAGCACCAUGGAUAACCACGAGGACAAGAUUUGGGGAUUGACUGUGCGUAACGACGAACAAAUGUUUGUUACCGGUGGUGCUGAUUCUGUCAUCAACUUUUGGGAAGAUGUGACCUCUGAGGAGCAGGAGAAGGAAGCCAAGGAGAAGGAAGAAUUGAUUUUGAGAGAACAAGACCUUCAAAACUACUUGCUUAAGAAGGAUUACUUGAAUGCUAUUCUCCUCGCCAUGUCUCUCGAGCAACCUUUCAGACUGUUGAAUUUAUUCAACACCGUUCUUAAUGAGCGACCUGUAGGCGAUACCAGCAUAACUGGUUCACAUGCCAUUGACAAGAUAUUACAAAAUAUGAACGCCGAACAAAUCAACAAAUUGCUGGGCUACAUUCGAGACUGGAAUACAAAUGCGAAGCGAUCACGCGUUGCUCAGACUAUUUUGAACGCUAUUCUCACUCUUCAUUCAUCCGAAGAGCUUGUUGAGUUGUCCAACGCCAAGGAGCUCAUUGAUGGUCUGUUGCCUUAUACCGAACGUCACUAUCAACGCAUCGAUGAUCUUUUGACUCAAUCGUUCAUUGUUGAUUACACCCUGCAUGCCAUGGAUAUGGCUAACCCUGUCGGCAAGGAGACCAUGGAAGUGAAUGGUAUAGAACAUAAUUAGAGAGCUCAUAGAUUCCACUUUCCCCCAUUGUAAUUUCUUUUUUUUCCUCCUUACCUGCACCUUGUUUGGCAUCUUGAACACUGUACAUUUGCAAUAACAACCUCAUCACUUGAAAAGCACACC